AUGAUGCUCAGGAGGAUUCUCAGAAGCUCAAUAAAAACAAAACGAGCAUUUUUUGGUGGACGCGAAAAAUGGGAAGCCAAGAAAAAAGAGACGGUAACUUUUUUUUCGUCUGAAAAUUUUGAAUUUUGGCUGAAAAUUGCCAUUUUCAGGGUCUUUUCGAUGAAUUUUCACUUCAAAACCCUGAAAAUAUCCGAAAAUUACCGGAAAAUGUGAAAAUUGCGGCGAAAAAGGCUGCUAAACGAACUGUUAGAUGAGGAAAAUCAGCCUGGAAAUUCGGAAAAACGGACAAGUCUUCAAAUUGUUGAUGAUUUAUCGAAUGAAUUGUGUAAAGCAGCGGAUUUGGUGAGAAAUUUAGAAAUUUUGGAAGAAAAUGAAAUUUUUCUGUGAAAAUUUUAUGAAAAUCCAUCAAAAAUGAGGAUUUUUAACCAAAAAUUCAAAAUUUCUAGAAAAAAUAAUUUUAUUUUUUUGUCCGAGAGAAGUACACGGAUUUUUAAAUUUAACAAUAAAUCUAUGUACUUCUCUCGGACUAAACUUUCUUGAUUUUUGAAAAUUGUGACACCGAAAAAUCCACGUGGCAAAUUUCCAAAAAGCAAAAAAAAUCUUUCUACUUCUCUCGGACAAAUGUUUUUUUCUUUCAAAAUUUGAAUUUUGGCGACAAUUUUCGAAAUACAAAAAAUCAAAAACUACGGAAUCCACGUGGCAAAUUUUGAAAAAAAAAACCAAAAAUUUAAAAUUUCGUUUUUGACUUUGACGUGACCUAGAAAAUUCAGUUUUUUUUUUUUUAAUUAAAAUUUUUCUGCUCAUUUUGGAUUUCACAAUUGGCUCCAAAAUGUGAGUUUUCAACUCCAAAACCCCCGAAAAUCCCUUAUUUUCCAGGCCGAAUGUGUGCGACAACUUCACAGUUCGCGCGAUUUCCGCGACGCCGCCGAAGACGCGUCGCGCGAAUUCUGCGAAAUCGUCGAAAGCCUCAACACCAACAUCGAUUUGUAUAAAAAACUGAAAGCGUCUGAAAUUACUGAAAAUGAUAAAUUGGAUGACGUGUCAAAACGAACACUUGAUCUACUUUUGGAUGAUUUUGAACAAAGUGGAGUGCAUUUGGAACAACGGAAGAGGGAGGAAUUUGUUGAAUUGUCUUCAGCGAUUUUUGAUUCUGGUGCUAGAUUUCAGGCAAAUUGUGAUCGAUUUGUUAAUGUUAAAAAGUUGGUAAAAAAGUUUCCGAAUUUUGCGUGAAAAAAUUGGCAUUAUUGACGCGAAAUUCGUAUUUUUUGAGCCAAAUUUGGUGUAAAAAUCAUGAAUUUUGAACUCUAUCUUUGGCGCCAAAAAAUGGUGGAAAAUCUGAGCUUUUAUCCCAGAAAAUUAAUCCGUGUAGUUCUCUCGGACGAAAAUAUAAUGUAUUCGAAAAUAUUAUUUGAAAACUGUCAUUUUCGCGCUGAAAACAUGCUGAAAAUCCCCAGUUUCCAUCUGAAAAUCAUAAAUUUUCAGCUGAAAACUCGUGGGAUUUAUCAGCAUAUUUUCAGCGGGAAAUUGACCGGAGAUGCGGAAGCUAUGCUCAAUUUUUGACUGAAAUUGUCAAUUUCGCGCUGAAAACAUGCUGAAAAUCCCCAGUUUUCAUCUGAAAAUCAUGAAUUUUCAGCGUGGGAUUUAUCAGCAUAUUUUCAGCGGGAAAAUGGCCGGAGAUGCGGAAGCUAUGCUCAAUUUUUUUGGCUGAAAAUCUGAAAUUUGGAAUUUUCAGACCAGAUCAAGCGAAAUUUGGCCUACCUUCUCAAUUAUACACACCGAUUUCAAAUUCCUUGGACAGGAAUAAGAGAAAAGUUGUUUAUGACACUUUUUAUAAGCAUGAUCAGGAACAGGUAGGAAAUUUGAGAUUUUUGACUGAAAAUUUGCUGAAAAUCAGCUGUUUUCAUCCAAAUUUCAUCAAAAAAUCGAUAAAUUUAAUUUCAGGAAACAAAUCUACGAAAUUUGAUAAGUUCUCGACAUAAUUUGGCCAAAUUAACGGGGUUCGAAUCAUUUUCUCAUCGAGCUCAACGAAAUUCGCUUCUUGAAAAUUACGAAAAUGCCAGGGAUUUUUUGUGGGGAGUUGUGGAGGUAGGUUGAUCAAAAAUCUGGAAUUUUCAGCCCAAAAAUUCACAAAAAUUUUCCAGAAUUGCCGUGACUCAUAUGAACGUGAAUUGGCUGUUUUGGUUGAUGUUGGUGCACAAUGUCAUAGUCAUGAAUCGGAAGCAGAAAAUCGAAAAAAUCGAUCGAUUGUUGCUGAACACGAUUUAUCGUUUUUGAUGCAUUUAUACAGGGUGAGCUCAAUUUUUUUUAAAGUGCAUUUUGAGACAUGUUCCUUUGAACUCAGGAUUACUGUACAUCUCCAAUUUUUGAAGGAAAAUAUCAUUUUGAUUUUGAAAAUGGAAUGUUCCUUUGAAAAAUCAGAGAUCCUUAAUUCUUACAGUAUACUUAGCUUCAAUUUUCUUCCAAAAUUAGCCUCUAACAAGCUAUGUACCUUUAAACCUAGUCUUACUGUAUAUCUCCAAUUUUUGAAGGAAAAUAUCAUUUUUUUUUUGGAAAAUUGAAUGUUCCUUUGAAAAAUUAGAAAUUUGAAUACAGUAAUCCUCAGUUCUUGGAAAUUUCAAUGUUCCUUUAAAUACAGUAUCCUCAUGUUGAAAAAAGCUUCCAAAAUUAGCCAGUAACAAGUUAUGUCCCUUUAAAUACGGUAAUAUUCUAUUUCCAAAAACCACUAGUUUCAUCACAUGUUCCUUUAAAUACAGUAAUCCUCUUCCUGAAAAAAAUCAAUUUUCUCUAUUUUCAGGAACGCGCCUUCGAUAUAGCCAAAAGAACUCGCGAAUCUGCCCCGUUUUUCACAAUUUCAUCGAUUUUUGCCGGAUUCUCAACACUGACUGAAAGAUUGUAUGGAGUCAAAUUGGUGGAAAAAUCGAUAAAAGAUGGAGAAAUGUGGAAGGCGCAGUCGGUUUUUAAGUUGGUGAGGGUUUUUGGCACAAUUUUAAGAGAAAACUAUGAUUUUCAGCAGUUUUUUGACUGAAAAUCGCCCAUUUUCACCCCUAAAAUUCCCAUUUCCAGGCAGCCAUCGACUCGCAAAACAAUGAACUUGGCACAAUUUAUGUGGACACAUCAAUUCGACCCGAAAAAGCGGUGGGAGAUUGUCAUUAUACUGUAAGAUGCUCGAAAUUGUUGCGAAAUCAACAAUGGCAAUAUCCGAUUUUGGUUUUAUCGUUGGGAUUGCAAGAUGAAUAUCAGAAGGAAUGGAAAAAUGUGAAUGUGAGUGGGGAAAUUUUGGGUGAAAAUUCAUGAAAAAUUAAUGAUUUUGAUGAAAAAUUCACUAGAAAAUCAAAAAAAUUCAAAAUUUCAACCUAACAUGACCAAUUUUGAUGUGAAAAUCACUAAAUUUGAAUUAUUGAGCUCAAAAAUCAUCAUUGAAAGUUGCAUUUUAAAAAAAUUUGCCACGUGGAUUUUUGGAACCAAAAUUCCAAUAGAAAAUGUUCCUGAAACCGGAAUUUUCAGCUUUUGGGUCAAGAAUUCAUCAAAAAUCAGACUCUGGGUGAAUUUUCAACCAAAAUUCAUGAAAAAUCAGAUUCUGGGUUAAUUUUGAGUCAAAAUUCAUGAAAAAUCAAAUUCUGGGUUAAUUUUCAGUCAAAAUUCAUCAAAAUCGUAUUCUAGAUUAAUUUCAGAUUAAAAAUUCAUCAAAAAUCAAUUUCUGGGUGAAUUUUCUGUGAAAUUUCAUGAAAAAUCGUAUUCUGGUCAAAUUUUACUACAAAUUUCACAAUUUUCAAAUUUCCACCUUUUUCUCCUUUCCAGGUUCGCCCACAUUCUGCUGAAACAAUAUUCCACGAACUCGGCCACGCAAUGCACUCAAUACUUGGCCGAACUCGUUAUCAACACGUGGCUGGAACCCGCUGCCCUCAAGAUUUUUCCGAAAUCCCCUCGAAUCUCAUGGAAUAUUUUUUCAAUGAUCUGAAUGUGAUGCGGGAUAUUAUCCGCAAUCCAGAAGAGCCCAAUUCAAAAUUAUCGAUUGAUUCGGCGGCUACGAUUUUGGCAUCUAGGCAUUCUUUUACGGCUAUUGAAACUGUUCAACAGGCGGCCUAUGGAUUGUAUGAUUUGGAAGUUCAUGGUGAGAGUUUUGGGGGGGGGGGGGAUUUUUGUGGAGAAACAUCUUUGAAAUCUCAAAAAUCUGAACUAGAAAUUGAAUUUUUUCUGAUUUGUUGGUGAAAAUUUUAAAUAAAAUUCAAGUGAUCUGCAAGUUUCUUGAAUUUUAUAAAAGCUCGAUCUACAAAACAACGAAACCCAUAAUUCUUUGAUUUUUCACAAAGAAUUUGAUAUAGAAAGUUUUAUUCAACAAAGGUUUAGAUCAACUUGA